AUGGAGAACGUCUCGCAUGUCAUCAUCGACAAGACAGGAACGCUGACGUCGGCUCGGAACGAGGACGAGCCGCUGCGAUCGGCAAGGAGGGCGGCGAGUGCCCUUCGAUCCGGCGCCUGUGGCAGCUGCCCGUCGGUGGUGGUGUGCGAGACGGGCGAUGGUUGGGCAAGCACCAUGGACGCAGGGCAUGCUCUGGGCUUGUGGGAUGGCCAUGAUCCGAGCUGGAUUCGUUGGACCUCGGACGAUCUGCUGGAUGCCGACGCUGCCGACCACGCCGUCGCUGAGGCGACCCACUGUCGCGCCGAGGCCGACGGGCGCAUGCUGCUUGCCCUCGACGCCUCAAUCUUUGACGUCCUAGCUCUCCGCGCCGCUCGCAAGUCACGAAGGAGGUUUGUUCGGCUACUGAAGCCAGACGCCUCUCUCGGCUCGCCCAUCGUCGUCUGCUUCAACAUGCUUCCGCGCCACAAGGAGCACCUCGUCGCCCUCAUCAAGCGGUUUGACCCGGACGCCUUUGUUGCUGCCUUUGUCGCCGACCCCACCUACGGCGCGACUCUGGCCGAAGCCGCAGACCUCGCCGUCGCCGUCGAUCCGCAUCUCACCCAGCCAAAGAUCCCGCGCCCGCCCGGGUUCGACGACACCCUCGGUGUCUCGGCGGCGGUCGUCAUUCCGUCUCUUGCCGGCCUCCCGCGGCUCGUCGGCUGA